CGCCGGCCGUUUUCAAACUGGCGUUGCUGGUGUCUGAAGUUGGCCUUUAUUCUAUGGUGUCUGUGUUGACGUCGUUGUCGCUGUGUCUACACGGACUCGGUGCAAAAAUGUUCGUGUGGAGGUGACUGCAGUGGCUUCACUUCUUGAAGUAUCCUGCUAUUGCGGAGAGAAGUCACCAUGAGUGACACACGAGAUCGUCAGUACAGAGCGACGAGGCUGUGGAAUAGCGUCAUCAGGUCCUUCCGGGAUGGCAUGCCCAAGGGUAAACACAGGCGGCACAUGAGGACUUUUGACAACUGCUUCGUAGCGAGCGAUGCGAUUUCGUGGCUUCAUGAACACUUGCAGGGUGACCCCAACUUUGGACCCGCCGUUACCAGGCACCAGACGAUGCAACUCCUGCAGAAGUUCUUGGAAAACAGGAUAAUAGAGGCUGUGAAGAGUGGCAAACCCAGAGUCAUUCAAGACGACAAGCAACUGUACAGGUUCACUGUCUACUCCCCUGCCAAGACCCCACCUUCUUCGAAGUUCCCGACAAAAGUUGGUAGCGGCCGAACACCGCUGUUGGCUCGAGAAAACCAGGCAAACUUCCCUCCCGAGGCUCACCGUGUGUCAGCAAAAGCUCUAGUGUUCUUGUUUGGAGCCAAGCCAGACACCAACAGGCCGUUAGCUGCCGAAGUCGUCAAGGACCCUUCCAAAGGCUCGACCGAACAAGAUGCUGGUCUAGUGACUCGUGAAGAAAUUCAAGGCAUCUGGGAAUCAGUGGUUAUGGCAAGGCUAAGAUGCCUCAUUGGAGAGGAAGCCACAGAUGGAAGCUUGAACGGUUUUCGCAUUUCCGGAACAGAUAUACUGCACAACAUGUAUCGGCUGAGCCGCAACGGCGUCGUCAUUCUUCUCGACAAGUCGGAUGACCUGCCAAAAUGGAUAAUCAAUGCGAUGAAGUGCCUCAUCCACUGGCCUCGAGCGUCGGGAGCAGGAAGCUGCCUGCCCAAUUACCCAGGUUUUGAACUGGAUGUACUGAAGGUGGUCAGCGAGUUCUUCAGUGACCUCGGAACCGCUUUUGUCCCCCAUCCUAUUUUGAGGCUGUUCUACCACGCUUUUGGUCCGCUUGCAGAAGGCUGCAAGGUCUCGGAGGAGCCACCGACCCCAGAUGCAUCAGUUGAAAACCUUCUCCACAGCAUGUCGAUCUUGGCGCAGCCAGUUGAAGCGACGGCAAAGGAACAGCAGACUGUUAGGCGAGGUCUUCAACCGUCACUUUCCGGCCGACAUUUGGUUUAUCGCACCGCCUUCGAAUCGGCAGAGCCUGUGACAAUGCUUGUCGAGUCAAAGGGCUCGGUUGGCUCGGUCUGCUCGGUGGAGCGUGCAUUUGCAUUGAGUGCCGAGACGGCCAGCACCAUCAGCUCGUGCAGCGGCGGCUUUGCUCGACCUUUGUCCCCGACCUACAGUGAUAUUUACAACGAUGUCUACAACCAAGCCUGUGGCGUUGGUGUCACUGGCUUCAGCGGCGGCUUUGACUCUGAUAAGAAACCCAUAGGAAAACAAGAGGUGCCACGAAGUUCGUCUGUCGAGGAUCUGAGAGAUGCAAGGCAUUUCACUCACCCGACAGCGUUGGCACCCAAGGAGGCGUUCGUGCGGAGCACGGCGUCGUUGAGCGUCGAUGGGUUCUUGACGUUGAGGCAAAUCAAAAGGGAACAGGAAGCGAGAAGAGGCAACAUCCAAGUGGGGGAGGGGUAUGUGAACCUUGGCUAUGGGUCUAGCGGCAGCUUGAGCAAUGACUGGCAAAUGGCGCUGCAGCGUUCAGCCGGAAGUGUAUCAUACACGACGGCGCCGACUCAGAUCAGUGUGGCAUCCUCUCGAGACAGCAGCUUCGCGUCAGCGAGUGACAGUGUGAUGUGCCUGCGUUACGCCAGAUCGAAUCCUAGUUGUGAGAGCUUGCCGGUCCUGGCGCACUCGACUCCGGCGGAGGCGGGAAAGACUGCGGGGCCCUUCUAUGCAAGCAUCUCUUCAUUGAAGCCCAGGGAAAGCGCCGAAGACCUGCGCCGGGCAGUGAAGGUGAUGCAGGUGGCAUCGCUUCUGCUUCCACCCUGUAGGCGGCGCUACCUGCACCUGCUCCUGCGUUUCAUUUACAAGACAUCGAGGAAUGAAGUGCUCACCCUGAGUCCCCGCCAUAGCAACAUGAGUGUGCUGCUGAGCACCUUUGCGUGCAUUCUGAUGAGCACCAAUGGCAGCUGUUUGGACGCCACUCCCGACACAGCCCAGGAACUCCUCGCUUUCCUCGUAAAGCACUGUGACCGGAUAUUUGCUCCCCCACGCGAACUGCACCUGGAGGUGGAAGCGCGGCUCGCCAUUCUGCGAAGGGAACGGGGCGACGGGGUGGUCACCUACUGCCAGCGGGUGACACGCGAGCAGUUCGAGGCGCAGAGGCAUACACACUCCGAGCAGGCUCUGAUGGACCUCUUCGACGACAUCCUCCGUGACCCCAGGAUAUCGGACAAGGAACGUAACACAAGGAUGAAGCAGUUCCGACAAAAUUACCCCGACAUCUACAACAAGAAGACUUGUGACGAGACUGUUCCAGUGACUUUCAAGAGGAACAGCCGUUCUAGAGCCACUGUGAUUGGUUUGCUAAGGAGUCUGAGAUUGUGAUUUGGCUUGAGAUUUUUGUGUCCCUGUACUUGUGACCCACGUAUAUGAUCUGAGCUGAUAAUCAGCUGUUUGAACAAUUGGCUGCUUGGCACAAGGGAAUGGUGCUUUUUCUUCACUGCAUUUGCUGCUGUUGUACUUGCUUUGCCAUAUGCAGUUAUAGAUUUGCAGCUUACAUUUUGUUUUAUAGAUUCAUCAGGUUAAAUUCUGCAUGGCAGCUAGGACCAGUGUCUACAAAAAGCUGGCUGGGAACACAUGAAGCUGUUGCGUUGCAAAAUUCAGCUCAGUUUUGGUUACCUUUACCUGUUUUUGUUUUGUAUUAUAAGAAAAGUGUCCACAUUCCGUCUUGCAAAUCGUUUGCAGUACUGCUGAAAAUAUGAGGCGUACAUAGGCAAUACACUUGUGAGGUAGAGUAUAGAUCACGAUAGUUUGUGAUUGUUUCAUUCUCUGUAAAUUGUGUGCAAAACUAUGUAGAAUUGACAUGUAAAUAACAUUAAUGCUAUGCAACUGCAACAAAACAGGGAUUCAUAUUUGCAUCUCCUUUUUAGUGGUUUUCUCACAUCUGUCGAGAACAGACUCGGCAGAAACUAAUAUGUGAGCAGGAACAAACGCUGUUACGUGUAAUUACAUGGAAGUGUGAUGUGUAUAGUCAAUGACUGAUUACUCGGACACUGACAUUUCAGACAUGCUUAUUUAUUCAGACAGCCCUGAGGCAUCGUCACUAGCCCUAUAGACUUAAUGUAUAAGGAUUACUGAAAUUUUGGACACCUUGCAACGUGUCGUGCGAUAAUUCAAACUUCAACUGCACCACCGCAUGCAAAUUUGGCCACCAUACCAAGCAUAAAUAGCAAUGUUGUAGUUUUGAAACGUCGCCGGUGCUUCGUGAAACUGAAACUAGCGAAGCCUAGUUGAUUUAGUAGUUGGUGAUGAAAAUUCAAUGCAUGCAUUGACUUUUUACUUUUGUCUAUCUAUAGCGACAGCAUGACAAUGGUUGAGAUUGAGACCUUCGACUUUUAUCACUCACUGUUUAUGGCUAGUUCAUCUCGUUGAUAACCCAUUUGGAACGUCACUGUGAUCACUGACAAAGCAUGAAAAACGUGAAAAGAAACGGUAUAAACGGCAUUGUAGGAAAAUCAUGGCAUAGUAUAUGUAAGCCAAGGGCAAGCAUAUCUACACUUAGCAACACAUAUUUACGAACUUGGGCCACAUUUGUGAACAAUCAGUUUUGAAAGAUCCUUUCAUUUUCGCAAUAUUUCACCUGACUAGCACCAGGUGCUUCGACAGCCAGCAUUGUUUCCACACAGUGAUACGAUAGCGUGCUUGGAACUAUGCCAAGAAUGUCUUGGCACAGUGCCGUGAACAUCUUGCACUGUAGUCACGUGAAAUUGAAGGUAUCUCCGAAAGUGACAAUCCGAUUGACCACUUGUGGAACGAAGUUAUUUUUGGGUGAAUCCGGUAUUUCGGAUUCCCAAUUAUUCGGACGUUUUGGCAGUCCCUGUUGAGCCCGAAUUAUCGAUCGGUGACUGUAAUCGCUCUGUAGCCAGUUACUAAGCAUAAAGUAGUCCCUAAUGUACGUUUUGGAGUUGAAGUAAGCCGUUGUUUCGAAUGCAGGUGAACCUGGAAAUGAAACAAUGCAUCGGAGUAGUUUCAGGAUUGUCGGCAUUUGAAUUUAUGCCACUAGUAUGUACAGUGAAUAUCUGCCUGUUGAGGGCUUACUGUCCUAUGCUUUGCUUUAUUUAUUGCUCUCGCAUUAACUUAUGCAUAGUGCAAGCCAUGCUUAAAGGAACAUGUGAUUCACAGCGAACCCAAACAAACUUUACAUUUCAUCUGGUUUCUUUGUCACAACUGGCCACCAUUACAUGCUAACGUCAGUAAAGAAAAACUUGUAUUUAUGCAGCUUUUCAUGUGUCACGUGGCCUGUACUCACUGCCUGAGUAGUGAUUGAGUGUUCGCACUGGAUGAGACAUUUUCUGUACAUUUUGACACAUUGGAUUUGAAGCUGGGCCUGGUUGGCCCAGGACACCACAGGUACAACUCGCAGGCUGAAAACAAGGAAAAUACGAACCAGCCAAGGACAUUCCUCGACCAGCAUUGUCUUUGUGUGCUUCUACCGUUAUGGAAUGCUGGAGGACUGUGUCGAACAGUUUUCCUUGCUUGUUUCUGCAGUGUGGAAUGCUGUAGCAUUGUCCUUAUCUUGUCUUUUGCUGCCAUGGAAUGCUGGAGGAUGAUUCCGUACCAGCAUUGUCCUUGUGUGCUUUUGCCGUAAUGGAAUUUUAGACGACAUUGCUUAGCCAACAUUGCCCUUGUUUGCUUCUACAGUAUAACAUGCUGGAGGACAAUUCUGGGCCAGCAUUGACCUUGUCAUCUUUUGCUGGUAUGGAAUGCUAGAGGACAGUGGUUCACUAGUGUUGUCCUUCUCUACUUCAUGCAUUUUUUGUUUAGUAUCUGCUGGUCACACAUGUAAAGACACUUAGUGCAGCGUGAACUACGAUCUUUGUAUUUGAAACCACAGUAUUGCUGCUAUCUUAUGUACCUCUAUGUUCAUAUUUGCCACACGUAGUGUACUCAGGGAUUUUGCGCGCGUUCUGGGUGCCCAGUCAUUUUUACUUGAUGUGUUUCAAUGCAAAAGGUGUUCUGGGAAGCCUUCCCUGCCAAAGAUCUGUUGGAUGUGCCAUACACUUAUGCUCAAUGAACUACUUAGGGCUGAUGGCCUGAUAUAUUUCUGUGGCGUUUUGAAGUAUUAACAAGAAACUUUGUGGUGCUAUGAGAAAAGCGAUUUGAGCUUUUGAUGACCUGCAAUGUUCUUCAGUCAAGGUCUGCUACAUUUGUAUGUGAUCAUGCUACAGACGAAGCACUAGUCACAUAUGUACAAUUUUAGUUUUUAUUGCAGAGCGCUUUUAUUUGCCAUUAUUUGAUAAUUUGCAGUUGUACCUGCUUAGCUUGUUUUGUGCUAUCGUAUAGCACAAUGCAUUGUAAUACACAUUGAAUAAAGGCAUUGUCAUUCAACA